CAGAGUACAAAUCCACUGACUUCAGUCAUUUCAUAUCCUUAUUGCUGAUCUGCUCCUGCUGUAUAACAGAGUUGAGAUCGUCCAUGGCAGUAUCAUGGCUUCAGCGUGCCUGCCUCUUGAUGGCUCUACUGGUUCUGGUUGGAGGUGAACCACAGACCUUGUGUGGGGCUGAACUGGUGGACGCUAUUCAGUUUCACUGUGACAGUGGAGGGAUGUAUUACAGUAAACGCACAAGAUCUCGGACACACAAUGAGAGGACACUCAGAAAGAACCUAAUACAGGCCUGCUGCAACAUAGAAUGUACCCUGGAAAUGCUGGACCUGAUCUGCUACCCAGAGAAGGCGCAGCAGCUGCAGCCUAAGCAGCCAAAGCAGCCAGUGCAGCCAGAAGAGCAAGAGCAGUCGCAGCCAGUGCAGCCAGAGCAGCUGCAGCAGUCGCAGUUAGAGCAGCCAGUGCAGCCAGUGCAGCUAGAGCAGCCAGUGCAGCCAGUGCAGCAGAGCAGCCAGUGCAGCCAGUGCAGCAGAGCAGUGCAGCCAGUGCAGCCAGCAGCUGCAGCAGUCACAGCCAGAGAGCCAGGGAACUCCAUGCUAGAACGGUCUUAG